ACAUAUUCCAAAAAAAAUUAUGAGCUUUGAUAUAUUUACAGUAUGAAAUGUACAAAAUAUCUUUACUUAAUAUCUUAAUGAUUUUUGGCAUUAAAAGAAAAAAAAAAUAUUUAGACCCAUAAAAUCAGAAUUCCAGAAAGAAUCAUAUUACAAAUGAUCACGUCAAUGCAAAAUACUACAUCGGAUGUUAAAGUGUACAUUUCUUCAUAUUGUUCGAGUUUUCCAGACUGCGGUGUGGCCCUAUAAAGUCUAAAUCAGUUAAUAAAUAGUUCAUUUACAGAUGCAGCAGAGAGCGGCGCGUUCGAUCAUGACCUCCCAGUUGGCAGCUGAUCCAGCUCAAGCUGUUUGUAUGGAAAAGCCAACCAGCCAUCAUAGGGCGGUCCCGACUCCGAGCCAAAAAACCCAACCAUUCAUCAGAGGGGGUACAUUAUCCAACACUCCCAGACUUUGACUUUUAACGUAAUUUUAACCCUGAGGAAACAGCAGCCUCCGGGAGCGAGCGGGUGAAAGAGAGCGAGGAUUACAGUAGGAGUGAUGUCCUGAGAUUACUCAGUAUCUAAAUAAAGCCCAGCACUGAGGAAGUCUGUUUAUCCGAGAGCGAGCGGGGACCGGACUGUUACCUGUGAGCACAAUGACUGCGCUGUAUCACACAUUCCUGCUGUUUACAGUCAGCAUGGCUUCCCUCCAGCCACAGAGGUCUUCGCGGAGCAAAAGGGGUUUGCUGGAACUAGCUGGCGUGAUCAAGUGCAGCACGGGACGGUCAGCUUUAACUUACGCCAUGUACGGAUGUUACUGUGGUCUCGGGGGUCAAGGGUGGCCCAGAGACAGAGCGGACUGGUGUUGCCACAAACAUGACUGCUGUUAUGGGGAUGCAGAAUUUGCAGGCUGUCAGACCAAAACGGACAGGUAUCAGUGGACGUGCGAAGAAGAGGAGGUGGACUGCGAUACGCUUAAUGACAGAUGUGCGAAAAUCCUCUGCCGAUGUGACAGAGAAGCAGCCAGAUGCCUCCGAAAGGCACCGUACAACCAGAAAUAUGCUCUGUGGCCAGAUUUCCUCUGCGGAUGUGUUCAUCCGACAUGUAACAUUUACUAAGGCCAGUGUAACGUUUGGGAAAUAAAUCUUUUUGGGCUCGUUUGAUGCAUACGUAUUAUAGGCUUUGUAUUGUUCAAAUCAUUUCCAUUUUCUACACGAAUUUGUAUUUUAUAUUUACGUAGUCGACUUUCAAAAGUGUAUGGAAUAAAAUACGUGCAAAAUAAUCGUGGUAUUGCACACUGUUUAGUUAUUUCACAAUGUUCGUGAUCAGCACUAAAGACUUUGGUGUGUAGGGGUGUGAGGCGUCACAAUAGAAUAUCUCAGGGUAGAUUAAAGUCAGUUUAGAUAAACGCGUCACAAACUAUAGGCAUAGACACAUUAGGACCUCCACAUGCAGACGCAAUAUACAAAAAAGCUGUAAGACAAAGGAUGCAACUUCCUGAGAAACGCCGUUGAUGUUUGGAUUGUAUGGACCAUUUGAUUCGCACCUUUACAGACGGAGACGUACUUAAUUGCAGUUCAGUGGGGCAGAUUUAAUCUAAUUGAAUCUUAUAGUCUCACCAUCUUAAAAAAAAAUGCAACUGACAUAAUUUGUCAGUAGACCAUUUAAUGUUUUAUCUUUCUUUCUAGAAUUCACUCAAUAA